CCCAUUUACGGCCCACGGGCCAGGAAGAGUCGGCCCGGGGGGGGGGCGGCACCCGGUGGCCGUGCUGCCCCCACGCUUUCACCAAGAUUUUCCCCUGAAUAAACUUCGGCUCUGUUUGGUGGCUGAGAAACUGGAAGAGAAGAGGCGGGAAAAAUGGAGGGCGUUGGUGUACUGAUGACUUGUCCAAUGUCGUCGUACCUCGAGACAGAGCUCGACAAGCGAUUCAGGCUCUUGAGACUCUGGGAAGCUUCUUCCUCCAAGGAGCAGUUCCUUGGGGAGAAUUCCAAUUCAAUACGAGCGGUGGUCGGAAACACCACAAUUGGGGCUGACUCCGAGUUGAUCGAUUCCCUGCCGCGUUUGGAAAUCGUGUCGACUUACAGCGUGGGGUUGGAUAAGAUCGAUUUGGCCAAGUGUCAGGAGAGAGGCAUUAGGGUUACCAACACCCCCGAUGUGCUCACGGACGACGUCGCCGAUGUAGCAAUUGGUCUUGCAUUGACGACCUUGAGGAAGAUUAGUGCAUCUGAUCGGUUUGUGAGAAGUGGCUCGUGGAAAAAUCGCGAUUUCCAGUUGACUUCGAAGUUCAGUGGUAAAUCAAUUGGUAUUGUCGGAUUGGGUAGGAUUGGCACAGCCAUUGCAAAGAGAGCCGAGGCAUUUGGCUGCUCCAUCUCUUACCACUCCAGAACUGAGAAACCCCAGUCCAACUACAGAUAUUGCUCCAACAUUAUUGACUUGGCUGCCAACGCCCAAGUUCUUAUUGUUGCGUGUUCACUUACAGAAGAAACCCACCAUAUUAUAAAUCGACAAGUCAUCGAUGCAUUGGGCCCAGAGGGCGUUCUAAUCAACAUUGGCCGAGGCCAUCACGUGGACGAACCCGAACUCGUGGCCGCGCUGCUCGAGGGCCGGCUGGGCGGCGUGGGGCUCGACGUGUUCGAGAAUGAGCCGGAGGUACCUGGACAGCUGUUGGAGCUCGACAACGUUGUUCUUCUGCCCCACGUUGGAAGUGACUCGGUUGAAACCAGCCAGGCUAUGGCUGACCUUGUUAUCAGGAACUUGGAGUCAUACUUUUGUAACAAUCCACUCUUCACUCCGGUAGUUUGAUCUUCAUUUCUUGGAUAUUUAUUUAUUUAUCUAGUACCCGUUCAAGUUCAUAUAACAACAUAUAUAUACAUAUCAUCAGACACUAGAAUAGGAGACAGACACUGCGGUAAUACAAUGUAUUUGGAUAUUUUAUCUUUCUAAUUCAUCUGCUGUAAUCAAUAUUAAUGAGGAA